AUGUUUUUAUUCAAACUAAUUCGUUCUAAUUCUUACUUAUUAAAUUUGUACCGUUUAUCUUCUUCGUCAUCGUCUGCUGCAAACAGUUAUUGUUCUCGUAGUCAUAUAUUAAGUGAAUUAACUCCUUCUCAUGUUAAUCAAACGGUUUCAUUAUAUGGCUGGCUCCAAUAUAAACGUUUAAAUUUUAUUGGUGUUAUUCGUGAUUAUUCUGGCUCUCUGCAAUUUAUAAUUCCAUCCUCUCUAUCCAAAUGUCGUUCAUUAUUAAAACAAACGUCUCUCGAAUCAUGCAUCCAUCUUAAUGGUGUGAUACGUUUACGUCCUGAGAAUCAAAUUAAUCCUCAGAUGAAAAGUGGUCAAUUAGAAUUGCAUUUAGAUGAUUUCACCGUUAUAAAUCCAUCGUUGCCUCAAUUGCCUAUUGACUUGUCCCAAUAUCAUCAUUCCGAUGAAUAUGUCAGAUUGAAAUAUCGGUAUUUAGAUUUUCGUCAACAAAUAAUGCAGCAUCGAAUACGGUAUCGUUCAGAAUUUGUUUCUAAAAUUCGUACUUAUUUAUUAAAACAUCAUUUUGUCGAUAUAGAAACACCAACAUUGUUUCGACGAACACCUGGGGGUGCCAGAGAAUUUAUUGUUCCGACACAUAUGAAUGAAGGAGGAUUAUUUUAUUGUUUAACUCAAAGUCCACAACAAUUUAAGCAAUUAUUGAUGAUUGGUGGUUUUGAUAGAUACUUUCAAAUUGCGAGAUGUUACAGAGAUGAAACAGGUCGUCCUGAUCGUCAACCAGAGUUUACUCAAGUUGAUAUUGAAAUGAGUUUUAUUCGUCGUGAACAUAUCUUAUUAUUGAUUGAAGAACUAUUGUCAGAUUGUUGGCCUGAUAAAGUGUCAUAUCCGUUUCCUCAGCUCACCUAUCGCCAGUGCAUGGAUCGUUAUGGAACAGAUAAACCCGAUACACGCUUUAAAUUUGAAAUUGAACAUGAUACAGCGAAUAAACAAUUAUCAAUAUGUUUACCUAAAGAAUAUAGUUCAUUAUUAAAAGAGGAAGACUUCAGCUUGAUGAAUGAACGUUUUAUGAGAGUAACGAAUGAAAAUGAUCAGAUUUGCUUUACAAUUACUCAUGAACUGAAUAAUAAAGAUGAAUGUUUAUCACUCUUGGGAUCUUUACGUCUAUCAUUAGCAAAUGUGUUAGAAAAAAAGUACAAUGUUAAAUUACGGUCUCGUCGUCAGUGGAGUUUCUUAUGGGUUACUGAUUUUCCGCUAUUCACCUAUGAUUCACAGACAUCUUCUCUCGAAUCGACUCAUCAUCCAUUUACAGCUCCUAUUGAUGAACAUCUAGCUAUAUUAGAUAAUCAUCCCUUAGAUAUUAUUGGUCAACAUUACGAUCUUGUAUUGAAUGGUUAUGAAAUUGGCGGUGGUUCAAUCCGAAUUCAUAAUUCAAAAUUACAACGUCACAUUCUAGAAAAUAUAUUACAUAUAGAGAGUGACCAUUUAGAACAUUUAUUACAUGCACUCGAGUACGGUGCACCUCCUCACGGUGGAAUUGCUCUCGGUUUAGAUCGGAUAUUAGCUAUUCUAUUAGAAACGGAACAUAUCCGAGAUGUUAUACCAUUUCCAAAGACAUCGAUGGGAAAAGAUUUGAUGGCAAAUGCACCAAGUGAAAUAAGUAAACAGGAGUUAGACUGGUAUUACUUAAAAAUGUCGACUCCAUUUAGUAUCGGUACUAUUGUACAGGAUGUUAAUAAAAUGAAACUGGCUGUCACGGGUACAAAUAGUCCCUGGUCUUCUCCCACAUCAUUUUCAUCGUCCAAAUAUCGGCAAACAGCAACAAAUAAUUUGAACACAGACAAAUUGUUUGCUCAAAAAAUUGAUACAUCCUCAUUAUUUUCAAAACAAAAUUCAAUUAAUUUUACAAAUCUCGAACAAAAAUUAGCCAGUUUUGAAUCAAAUAUUUUAAAAAUACCAUCGACAACAACAACAACCACAACAAAUUAUCGUCCAAAAUUGAAUAAUGAAUUAGAAUUAGAUGCUUUUUUAAAAAGUGAACGAGCACAAUAUAAUGAUAAUGAGUUCAAUUCACUUGUACAACAGACUUUUUUUAAAGCCGACACUGACUAUUGGGAACAUACAUUUAAACAUAGUUGUGAAGAACGACGAAAUUUAAUCAAUUGUUUACUAUCUGAUGAUUUGCGACCGAAAACAAGUGAUCACUCGAAAACGAGUCAAUAUGAUAAUCGUCUUAGUGAUACCGUUGUUAAAACUAAUGAAUUACGUCCAAUAAAUGAUUCUAGAGGAUUUGAUUUUUCAACUACUUGGUCAGCAAAUCGUUCAAAUAUUCCAAAUGAUUUAACUCACAUAGAACAACAAUAUGCAAAUACAAUUAUUAAAUAUAAUCAAAUUAAUUCGCGUUCUUCAACAUUGCCUGGUGAUGAUUUAAUUCAACAAUAUAAAAUUAUUGCAAAAUCUUAUGAACAACAAGCUGUAUCCGAUUUAUGGCAUACAACUGAAUGGAUGUCACAUGUUCUUGAUUAUAAUUAUAGAAAAACUGAUCCAUAUUUAUCACAAAAAGCAAUUGUUCAAUGUUCGAAAGAAUAUCUUGAAAGAAGUUUUCGUCAAGCAUUAGAAACAAUGUAUAGUGAUUUAGUUCAAUCAACAACUGGUGCAGAUCGUCUUGUCGACAAUGUAUCAGUAUGGCCAUUAAUAUUUUAUUCAUUAAGAAGUGGUAGUAUUGAUUUGGCACGUGCAAUUAUUAGUAAAGCAAAUUUACCACAUUUACGAACAUUAUUAGAAAAUUAUCUAUCAAAUGAUUUACAAUCAUCUUCAACAAAAUUGAAUACAACAACAAUGUCAGCAUCAGGCAAAUCAUCCGAUAUUCGAAAUAUUGAAUAUAGUCUUGUAGGCAAUCCUUACAAACGUGCCGUUAUUUGUCUUCUCGAUCGUCAAAAUUUAAUUGAUGCUCAUGAAGAUGUGUUACUAUGCGUUGAAGAUUUUCUAUGGAUUAAACUCUCACAAAUUCCAAUAACAAAUGAAAGUUUAAUUUAUGAUCGUACACAAUUAUCAAUACCAAGAUUACAACGAUGGAUUAUUCGAGAUUUAGGCGAAGAUUAUUUUAGAGCAUCAGAGUAUCCUUAUCGUUAUUGUCGUUUACUCAUAUUAUGUGGUGCAUUUGAAUCGGCUGUAGAAUAUCUGUUUAAACAAUCGUUAACAAAAGUACAUUCCAUUCAUCUUGCUCUAUAUUUACAUGAAAAAUAUUUGAUUGGCUUAGCAUCAUCUGUUGAUGAUUGUCUACUAAUGACAACAACUAAUACUACAAAAGAUCGUUUAACAUUACUAAAUUUAACAAAAUUAUUAGAACUUUAUAUAUCAAAUAAAUUAAUAAAUCGUCAACGACAAUGGGAAAUAUUAAAUUAUUCUUAUAUAUUAAAAAAUAUAGAAAAUUUAGAUUAUACUAAUGAAUUUAUAAGAUUAUUAAUUGAUAAUUUAACAAAUAUCGACGAUUUACGUACUGUAUAUGGCCGAUGGACAAAUACGUUAAAAUAUGAAACAGGUUUACUUCAUAAACUUAUCUCUGAUUCAGAUGAAGUUGAUGAAUUAAUUCAUCAUAUAGCUGAAACAUAUGAACAACAAAAAUCGACUCAAGAUCGUAGUUUAAUUGUAUCAUGUUAUCUAUAUGAAUUAGCUAAAGAUUAUAAAAAAACACUCAAACGUUUGAUGUCAAUUAUAUCAAAAAUAAUUCUUGAUAAAUUAACAACACAUGAAAAUACAGUAAACACAUCUGAUGGACAUAAAGAAAUUAAACCAUUGAAUAAUCUUACACAAAUACCUAUUUAUGCUUACGAAUUAGCUCAACGUUUACAAGUUCUUAAAGAACAGCAACGUGAAGAAGAGAAUGAAUUAAUCACAUCAUAUUUUCUUCUAUUAGAUUUAAAUUCAUAUUUUGAUUAUUAUUUAUCUAAACAAUACGACCAAGCAUAUCUUAUUAUUAGACAAUUAGAUUUAUUACCGUACGAUACUUCAAAUCAUGACAGAAUAAAACAACGAGUAUUCAUCGCAGAAGAUUGUAUUCAACAAUUGAUUCCUCAUGUAUGUUUAUCAGCCAUGCAUGUUCAUAUGAUUGUGUUACAACAACAACGUGAAAAUUCAAGAAACUAUUCAACAUUAUUGUCUUCGUCAACGCGAUCAGUGACUUCAACUACUUUAAAUGAUGAAGAAUUAGAACGUUAUUCUGUUUAUAUUCGAACGGCGCCAACAAAUCUAUUAAAGAUAGCUGAUUUUGCCCGAUUAUUGCCCAAUACGUUUACAAGAUUACAAUUAAAACAAAUAGAAAAUUAUUGUGAACAAAUAAACCAAUUUUUUAACUUCUAA